UCAUACCAGCGGAAAUAAACAGGAACAACGCUACUCUCCCCUCCCGAACAGCCAUACCAGCGGAAAUAAACAGGAACAAAGCUACUCCCCCCUCCGCUGGAGAAAAAACAGAAAAAGCAAAAGCAACACCUACCGUGCAUCCAUGUUCCAUGAAGAAAUAACAGACAAAAAAAAUGUGAACGAUAAUGAACAGAUACUAAGAAUAAUCCACAGAAGCUCAAUCACCCAGUUUAGUGUAGAGGACUGCACUCUCUUCCUCAACUAUAUCAUUCGAAAUAAAAAGAACAAAAACACACACGACCAGGGGAAGAACGUAUGUAGGUUGAAGCUCACAUCAUCCUUGUACAAAGAGGCUAUCACCAAGGUUAUAAGAUCUGUGCUUACCCAUGAGCAAAAAUAUUUUUGCUUUUUUUUCCAAAAAUUUGUUGAGUUAAGGGAUUUAAAUGCGAUAGAGAGGAUGCUCAUGCACAUGCACACGAAUCAGUUGUUCCGGUCCUUCACCUUCUACAGCUUGACCGAAAUUUUUUAUAACCUAGCUAUCCUCAAUUUUGAAAGGGAGAGGAGCGAAGAGGUGUUGAAGACCGUCCUCGAUUAUCUCCUCUCCAUAGUCAUCCGCACAAAUGGGCACUUAAGACAUCUAGAGAAAAAGCUUAUUAACCAUGCCACUGUGCAGGGCGCAGGUGGUAAGGCUGUGUAUAUAGAGAGCUUUGCCAAGAGGGGCCGUCAUCACGAAGGGAUUUUUUAUCCCGGGGAGAUGAAAGCAAAGAGGAAAAAAACAACUAGCUUAGCGGUGAGCAAUGGAGAUGGUCAGUACAGCAACCAGUUCGACGUGAAUUCCCUCUCCAAUGUCAUGCUGUACAAGCUAAUCUACGGAUUGGCGAAAAUAAAUCGCAAGAAAGAACUCGUGAAAGAAUUCCUCGUCUUGCUCAUCCCAUAUGUACGAUUCAAACUUCAGAGUAUGGAUUAUGUAUUCUCCAACGAGAGACCUGACAUCAUCGUCAAAGUUUUGUGGUCCUAUGCAUUCCUACAAGUGAGACACGUUAAUCUCUUUCUGGAUAUCUCCCUUUGCAUUCAAGUCUCCAUAAACCAACUCAAGCUGGAUCAGCUCAAAAUUGUUAAAAAUAUUUUCCUAAAUUUUUUUAUUUAUGAUGAGUUGCUAUUAGAUACAUUGGAGGAGCGCAUCGAUUACAUGGAGGAGAAAUGGCCAGGUCCCCUUUCGCAACCGAGGAAGAAGCCAUUUAAGAAGAAAAAAAGGCGAGUGACACUCACGGACCAAGUCAAGCUGAAGGUGGAGCGGUGA